UGUUUUUCCGCCAUUUUCAAGAGAUUUCUCGCAUGCUUGGCUUAUUUCUUGGAAGCUGCCAUUAAUUUUGAUAUUUUGUUUGUAACAAUGGAGGACAGAGCCGUAAUACUGGAAGCCUUGCGGCCCAUGUUUCCACAGUGGAGUGACAGAGUACUCUCAAAUUGCAUUCAAGAAGUGCAUGAGAGAAUGCAGGGCAACCCUGAAAUGAUUCUUCCGACUGCCAUCGAUCGACUACUUGCAUUACCUUCAAACAACGAAGACGACAGACCAGUCGAAGUACUGCAUAAUUUCCAGGGUGCACCAAAUGCAUGGAAUGAUAAAGCGUUAAGGAGGGAUACAAGCAUUGAACGCAAUUCCUUUAGCGAUGACGAAGAUGACUUACUAACGCCAGAAACAACCUAUUCGAAGAGUACCUUAUCGCGGUCCUCAAGUUCAUCAAGCAUUCAGGUUAACAGUUUAGAUUAUGAUAGUGAUAAUAAUGAUGAUAACGAUGACUUGUUGUACGUGUCAGCAUCAACUCGCGAUGGUAAAGAACUGUUGUUUAUUAAUGAUACUCCACCAGCUCUACCUCUGAAGCCUGCAAACGGACCACCAUUACAAGAGGCAGCAUUCUCGUCGAGACACACUGUGGAGGUACAUGGGCUGGCUCAUCCUUCCAUAACACAGCCUCCUCCAAGACAUUCACCACCGCAAACUCCUGUACCACCACCUCCACCUCUUCCACCGUUUGCCCAAGUAUCCUUACCUCCUCUUGAACAGGCUUUUUUAGAGGUGAAAAACCUGUUUUGUGAUGUGCAGCAUGACUUUCUCCGGGGAAUUCUCCAACAGUGUGUGCUGCUCCCUGUUCAUGACAUUGUAAACCAUGCUUGUAACCGUCUCCUGGAGACACCAGGAUACCCAAAGCAAGACUGCAAACCAUCCACUUCUUCUGAGGUCAAGGAUGUUGUGAAAGAUGAUGUGAAUGUGGACUAUUUCAAGGAAUACAGUUCUAUGGUUUCAUAUCAUUAUAUAAUGGAGUGUACACGCUUACUUGAGAAUGAGUACCCUAUGGUGUCUGUACGAGACAUCAGGGCAAUCUUGACAAAAUACAACCACCACUAUGCCCCUGCAUGGAAGAAAAUUGAAGAAAGUUUGCCAUACGCUGUUUCAUAUCCAUCAUAUUCAAGCUAUAACUCUCCAAUGAAUAGAUCAACCAUUGCCACAAAUGCAAGGAAAUCCCCUUUACCAUCAGGAGUUUAUCCAAUGAAACUUUUAAAGGGAAAAAGAGCUCAGAGGUUCAGCUCCUUGCCAGUUUUCCCCAACCUGCAGAAAGAAGUGGACUUUAUUUCAAGUUACAAGAAGAGUAAGGUGACAGAGGUGGAUAGGAAGCUUGCUGUAGAGAUCAACGAGAAGCAGUAUGUUGAACAGGGGCAGACCAUAGAGUGUGGAUGUUGCUAUUGUGAUGUGGCUUUUGAGGAUAUGGUACAGUGUCUUGAUGGACACUUGUUUUGUGAGAACUGUUUAAUGAACUAUGCCAAAGAGUCUGUGUUUGGUCAGGGAAAAGCCACACUAAUGUGCAUGACAUCAGAAUGCAACAGUAGCUUCCCCUUGAGUCAACUAAAGAAAACUCUCCCAGAGAAUAUCCUGUCAAAGUAUGAAGACCGGCUACAGGAAGAGGCGCUGUCUCUGGCAGAGAUGGAAGACCUGGUGCGCUGCCCAAGCUGUGAGUUUGCAGCAGUUCUUCCAUCUGGGAACAAAAUUUUCAAGUGUCUAAAUCAGAAAUGUGGUAAAGAGACCUGCAGGCACUGCAAAGAGAACUGGUCUGACCACUUUGGACUCAAGUGCUCUGAGAUUGAGAAAAAAGGAGAGAAAGACUUGCGGAUAUCGUAUGAGGAGAGAAUGACCAUGGCGAAGAUCCGCAAGUGUCACAAAUGUGGCUGUGAGUUUACUAAGUCUGAUGGCUGCAAUAAAAUGACGUGUCGCUGUGGAACUACACAAUGCUAUGUGUGCCGUAAGCCUGGGAUAAGCUAUAACCACUUUUGUCAGCAUGCGCGGGAUCCUGGAAAGGGUUGUUCUCAGUGUAAAAACUGUUCCCUGUGGACAGAUCCGUCAAAGGAUGACAACAUGGCAGUCAAGCAACUAGAAAGGAAGGCGAAGGCAGCUAAACGACAGAUGCUUGAUCAAGAUAAUGUUCCAGGAAAAAAGCCAAAGCUUUGAUGUAUGGCAGUCAAUAACUGGAGCAAAAAGCUACAAAUACUCAAUGAAUAAGAUUUCUACAUAGUGGUAGAUGGUUGUAUGACUAGUAACAGGAUUCUAGAGCUGGGUGAAAGGGUUUUCUGGGUCAUUGUUGGCUAGCUAAACUAAAGAAACAAUUGCAACUCUUGAAACCCCGCAAUAUCCAUCGUUCUCAUAAAUUUCAGCAUUUCAAGCAUAAGUUUGAUUUAUUAACUUUUUUUCAAAGUUCGGUUUUGGAGAACGUAUGUCACAAAAAGAUUGGUAUACAAUAAUUGCCGUUUAAAAAUGUAAGAUUGGCUAUGCACUGUUUUCAUGGUAGAGAGAUUUGUCAUAGAUAUUGUCAUUUUUUCUGAUGGUUCAACGGUAUCAAUGCAGUUUACAUGUAGCCCACCAAAUUUAGCCCUAUUAUUUUGUUACUCCCACUGAUAUUUUUUCAUGUGCUAAUAAAUUAUUACUAAUUCGUAUAGAAAGGCAAUUCAAAUUAUCUCAAUCUAAAGUGAAAUUUCCUUAAUUUCUAUUAUGUCUGCCAAUAUUCAGAAUAAGAUGGCAUGAGUUUUGCCUGAAUAACCUGUUCAUGUUUUCAUAUCAUUAUUCAAUUUAUAUUAUCAAAUUGAUUUAUUUUGAAUGCUAAAAUAAAAUGACAAACUGAAACCAGGAAUAAUAUUUUCUGGGAACAUACUAUCAGGAGUAGUUGCCUCGGAGGGGCGUAAAGUCAGAUUGAAGUGUAUGUUCCAAAAUUUGUCAACACGGAUUUUCGCCCGCGCCAAACUUAUAUAUAACGUUAAAAGCUUACAAAAUAAAAAUGGGACUUGUGUAUAACUUGCAUAUGGAA